AUGGAGCCAAUAUCCCGCAUCUCGUCACUCCUUGAGAGAGCCCAGGAGCUCACCCUCGACGCCGCCUCCGCCGCCCGGAGCUCGCGAAGCGCGCCCCGGUCCCUGGACAAGAACCAGGUCAAGAAGCUCCUCGACAGCCGCAAUGAGCGCGAGGUGCUCGAGGGCCUGCGCAAGGUCAUCUCCAUGAUGUACCGCGCCCAGAAGACCCUGCCCUUCUUCUCGUCCGUGGUCAAGAACGUCGCCUCGCCGAACCUCGAGAUCAAGAAGCUCGUCUACAUCUACCUCAUCCACCACGCCGAGCAGGAGCCCGACCUGGCGCUGCUGUCGAUCAACACCAUACAGAAGUCCCUGUCGGACAGCAACCCCCAGGUGCGCACGCUGGCGCUCAAGACCAUGUCGGGGAUCCGAGUGCCGGUCAUCAGCCAGAUCGUCUCGCUGGCGAUCAAGAAGGGCGCUGGGGACAUGAGCCCGUACGUGAGGAGGGCGGCGGCCAUGGCGAUACCAAAGUGCUUCCGUCUGGACCCGAACCAGUCACCGCAGCUGAUCGAGUACCUCUCAACGCUCCUGGGAGACAAGCAAUAUUACGUGGCCGGUGCGGCCGUCACCUCGUUCAUGGAGAUAUGCCCUGAGAGGACGGACAUAAUACAUAAGCACUACCGCAGCUUGGUUCGGAAGAUCGUCGACAUGGAUGAGUGGAGCCAGCUCUCGACGUUGAGGAUGCUGACAAUAUACGCUCGAAAGUGCUUCCCUAGGAGGACAAGGACGGUCAGAGCUGGGGAAAAGGCAGCCGACUUGCAGGGCUUCUACAAUGAGGCAGGCGAUAACGGAAAUGCGAGCGAACAAGUGGUUAUUGUGGAUCCGGACCUCGAGCUGCUGCUCAAUGCGAUAAAGCCGCUGCUCCAGAGCAGAAACUCGGGCGUCGUGGUGGCCACAGCCCGCUGUUAUGUUUCAAUGGGGACCCCGGAGUACAUCAAGUCAGCCGUUGGGCCGCUGGUCGCACUGCUCAGGGGCCCCUCCGAUAUUCAGCAGAUCGCACUUUACAACAUUGUGUCUGUCUGCCUCAUCAGGCCCGCCGACUUCGUCAAAUAUGCCUCACACUUCCUUGUCAGAGCAACCGAUAGCAGCUCGGUGUGGGAGCUGAAGCUGGAAGUGUUGACCCUCGUCUUUCCUCACGCCCCGCCACACGUCAAAUCACUAAUCCUCAACGAGUUGGAACACUUUUCAAGAGGUUCAGACAAGUUACUGGACUCGACAGCUCAUACAUCCACAGUUGUGAGGCUAGCAAAGAAUCUUGACUCUGCCACCGAUCCACAAGCCCGAGCCACUAUCAUAUGGCUCGUCAGUGAGUUCGCUGGCCUAAAUGGCGAAGACAACAUCGCAGCGGAUGUCUGCAGGAUCCUGCUCAAGGGCUUUGCAGAUGAAUCAGAAAUUGCCAAGCGGCAAAUACUUCUCCUGACCGCCAAAGUCUAUCUGCACCACCUAAAUCGCGUGAUAGAGUCCAGGAAGAGCCAGGAAGCCGAAGAGGGGGCAGCAGAGCCAACGUCCCUGGAUGAGGUGGAAGACCACCCCGUGGCCCGGCUGUGGGAUUACGUUCUGUUGCUGGUGCGCUACGACACCUCGUACGACCUCCGGGACAGGGCAAGGUUGUUCAAGGCACUGCUGGGUGUUCCUCAAUUAGCGACGCUCAUGCUCCUCGCACCCAAACCCGCACCGCAGGCCCCCAGUCCGUCCGAAAUCAGAAAAGACUUUACCCUCGGCUCGGCGGCCUUGGUUCUGGCUGGUGGAGGAGGGGUUCACGGUCUUAAAGGGUACGAGGCUUUGCCGGACUGGGUGGAGGACGGUAGGGAGCCGGACCCGAAGCUGAGGUCCGAGGGAGAGUCGGCCAGCAGCAGCUUCGCGUAUGGCGAGAAGCGCGUCGUACCCGCCGCAGAGAGUCUGGACAGCGUGGCCGCCAGGUCUGGCGUUGGCAAGUCUACCAACGGGGACGAAGGGCCCGGUCUCGGCUCCAAGUCGCUUGCGGACUGGCUUGCUGAAGAUGAUGGCCAAGGGGAGUCAGGCGAGAGCGAGGAGGAAGAGUCGUCCGAAGAGGAGGAGGAGGAGGAUGACGACGACGAUGAAGAAGGCGAGGAAGAAUCCGGCGAGAGCGAGGAGGAAAGCUCUGAUGAGGAUGCACGACUGGUUCGGGGACCCUGA